AUGGACAAAAUACCGAGAACACACGAAGCUAUUGAGGCUCAGAUUCGUGAAAUACAAGCAAAGAAAAAUGAAUUGCCCGAGAAUGGUUCUGGCAAAGGUGUAUCACUAGCUGAGACAUACUAUGACAGUGAUAUAUAUGAUAACUCAGCUCAAGGUGGGAAAUCCAGAUAUGACGGUUAUGUGACUUCGAUUGCUGCUAAUGAUGAGAAUGAGGAUGAAGAUGUAGAGAAUGUACCAGUUACCCAAAAACGACCAGGCUAUACUGCUCCAGCAUCAUUAUUGAAUGAUAUUGCACAGAGUGAUAAGGAUUAUGAUCCGUUUGCUGAUAAAAGGCGCCCAACAAUUGCAGACAGAGAAGAUGAAUACCGACAGAAGAGGCGUAGGAUGAUAAUAUCACCUGAGAGAGUGGACCCAUUUGCUGAAGGGGGAAAAACACCAGAUGUUGGAUCUAGAACAUACACAGAAAUUAUGAAAGAGCAGUAUCUUCGUGCAGAAGAAACAGAAUUACGGAAGAAACUUCUUGAGAGGGCACGCGAGGGUACGUUAAAGCCAGUUGCUCAAUCAAAUGGAGAAGCUACCAAACCAGCAGCUAAGCGUAAAGGCAGAUGGGAUCAAAGCUCGGAAGAAACACCAACCAUUAAGAAGCCCGCAGUUACAGCUACACCAAGUUCUCAGGCUACACCAUCAUGGGAAAAUGAGAGAGGCGCCUGGGAGGAGACACCGGGUGCCGGCGGGCGCGGCGGUGAGACGCCGGGCGCGACGCCGUCCGCGCGCGUGUGGGACGCGACGCCGGGCCACGCCACGCCCGGCCACGCCACGCCGGGCCGCGAGACGCCCGCGCACCACGCUUCCCGCAGGAACCGAUGGGAUGAGACGCCCAAAACCGAUAGAGAAACACCUGGCCAUAGCAGUGGUUGGGCUGAGACGCCGCGAACAGAUCGAGGUGUUGGCGUGGACACAAUUCAAGAGACCCCAACUCCAGCCACAAAGCGUCGUUCCCGUUGGGAUGAAACGCCAGGCGCUACGCCGGCCGCCGCUACGCCCACUCCUUCACAUGCUACGCCGUCUCACGCUACGCCGUCACAUGCUACGCCCGCUCAUGCUACGCCUACACCGCAUACGCCUGUAUUUACUCCAGGCGGUUCAACCCCAGUCGGAGUCAAAGCGAUGGCCAUGGCGACACCAACUCCUGGUCAUAUUGCUGCUAUGACUCCAGAACAAUUGCAAGCAUAUCGUUGGGAGAAAGAAAUAGAUGAACGCAAUCGGCCCUAUACGGAUGAAGAACUCGAUGCCAUGUUCCCACCUGGGUACAAGGUUUUGCCACCUCCAGCCGGUUAUGUCCCGAUACGGACGCCGGCUCGUAAGCUGACCGCAACGCCUACCCCAUUGGCUGGUACCCCAAUCGGCUUUUUCAUGCAGACGGAGGAAGUGGGGGGCUCCGCGGCGGCGGCGGCGCGGCUGCUGGACCCGCAGCCCAAGGGCUCCCAGCAGCUGCCCUUUAUGAAGCCCGAAGACGCGCAGUACUUCGACAAGCUGCUCAUUGACGUCGAUGAGGACACGCUCUCGCCCGAGGAGCUUAAGGAACGGAAGAUCAUGAAGCUUCUGCUCAAGAUAAAAAACGGAACCCCUCCCAUGUGCAAGGCGGCACUUCGACAAAUUACAGACAAAGCUCGUGAUUUUGGCGCAGGUCCACUUUUUAACCAAAUUCUCCCACUUCUAAUGAGUCCCACGCUUGAAGAUCAAGAGCGACAUUUGCUCGUAAAAGUCAUUGAUCGCAUUCUUUAUAAGUUGGAUGACUUAGUGAGACCUUAUGUACACAAAAUUUUGGUGGUUAUAGAACCGCUUUUGAUUGAUGAAGACUACUAUGCUCGAGUGGAAGGACGUGAAAUUAUAUCGAACUUAGCAAAAGCCGCUGGGCUUGCUACUAUGAUUUCUACAAUGAGACCUGAUAUUGACAAUAUUGACGAAUACGUAAGAAAUACGACAGCUAGGGCGUUUGCCGUUGUCGCAUCUGCUCUGGGUAUCCCAUCACUCCUGCCCUUCUUGAAGGCUGUGUGUAGGUCAAAGAAGUCUUGGCAAGCUAGACACACAGGAAUAAAGAUUGUACAACAAAUUGCUAUUCUCAUGGGCUGUGCCAUUUUACCACAUCUCAAGUCACUUGUGGAGAUUAUUGAACAUGGUUUAGUAGAUGAACAACAGAAAGUAAGAACAAUCACAGCUCUCGCAAGUGCAGCGUUAGCCGAAGCAGCGACGCCGUACGGUAUUGAAUCCUUCGAUUCUGUACUCAAACCCCUAUGGAAGGGUAUCAGGACACAUCGUGGUAAAGGUCUGGCUGCGUUUUUGAAGGCCAUUGGUUACCUCAUCCCGCUCAUGGACGCUGAAUACGCGAACUAUUAUACUCGAGAAGUAAUGCUUAUCCUCAUUCGUGAGUUCCAGUCGCCUGAUGAGGAAAUGAAAAAAAUUGUAUUAAAGGUCGUAAAACAAUGUUGCGGUACAGAUGGUGUGGAACCACAAUAUAUUAUGGAUGAAAUACUACCACAUUUCUUCAAACACUUUUGGAAUCAUCGAAUGGCUCUGGACCGACGUAACUAUCGCCAGCUGGUUGAUACAACUGUGGAAAUUGCGAAUAAAGUUGGUGCAUCAGAAAUUAUUAACAGGAUUGUAGAUGACUUGAAAGACGACAAUGAACAAUACAGGAAGAUGGUCAUGGAGUCUAUUGAAAAGAUUCUUGCCAACCUAGGAGCUGCAGAUAUUGAUUCAAAACUUGAAGAAGCUCUAAUCGAUGGUAUCCUUUACGCAUUCCAAGAACAGACAACUGAGGAUGUGGUGAUGUUGAAUGGCUUUGGUACAAUUGUAAAUCAGUUGGGAAAACGUGUAAAGCCAUAUCUACCUCAGAUUUGUGGUAUAAUUCUAUGGCGAAUGAACAAUAAGUCGGCGAAGGUGCGACAACAGGCCGCUGAUCUUAUUUCGAGAAUCGCAGUUGUAAUGAAAACAUGCCAGGAGGAAAAAUUGAUGGGCCAUCUUGGAGUAGUAUUGUACGAAUACCUGGGAGAAGAAUAUCCCGAAGUGUUGGGAUCUAUACUUGGCGCGUUAAAAGCAAUUGUGAAUGUUAUCGGUAUGACGAAAAUGACUCCUCCCAUCAAAGAUUUGCUUCCGAGACUGACGCCUAUAUUAAAAAAUAGACAUGAAAAGGUACAAGAGAACUGUAUUGAUCUAGUCGGUCGUAUCGCCGAUAGAGGACCGGAAUUUGUAUCUGCUAGGGAAUGGAUGAGGAUAUGUUUUGAGCUUCUGGAACUGCUGAAAGCGCACAAGAAAGCCAUCAGGCGAGCGACGGUGAACACAUUUGGUUAUAUCGCUAAAGCUAUCGGUCCGCAUGACGUAUUGGCAACUUUACUAAACAAUUUGAAGGUUCAGGAGAGACAAAAUAGAGUGUGCACAACAGUCGCCAUCGCUAUCGUAGCAGAAACAUGUUCACCAUUCACAGUAUUGCCAGCUUUAAUGAAUGAAUAUAGAGUACCAGAGUUGAAUGUACAAAAUGGUGUGCUCAAGUCAUUAUCCUUCUUAUUUGAAUACAUUGGAGAGAUGGGAAAAGAUUAUAUUUAUGCCGUUUGCCCACUGUUGGAGGAUGCUUUAAUGGAUAGAGAUCUUGUACAUCGUCAAACUGCAUGUGCUGCAAUUAAGCACAUGGCACUGGGAGUGUACGGGUUUGGUUGCGAAGAUGCUCUUAUCCAUUUGCUAAACCAUGUUUGGCCGAAUAUUUUUGAGACAUCGCCCCAUCUUGUACAAGCGUUUAUGGACGCAGUUGAAGGCAUGAGAGUUGCUUUGGGCCCUAUUAAAAUACUGCAAUAUGCCCUGCAGGGUUUGUUCCAUCCAGCGAGAAAGGUCCGUGAUGUAUACUGGAAGAUCUACAACACCCUGUAUAUUGGUGGUCAAGAUGCUCUUGUAGCUGGUUAUCCACGAAUACAAAAUGAUCCAAAUAAUCAUUUUGUUCGUUAUGAAUUAGACUAUAUGUUGUAAAAACUUCAAUGUUUGCAAAAGGAUCGAUUAUUGUUGUGUUUAGAAUUACACAAUAAAGAAUGGCCAAAAAA